CUCAAUAAGCAGAAACAAGCAUCAGAAUUGCUACCAGCUGACUCUUGCACAACAACUGUUAAUUGCUUUAAGUACCUAAAACUGGUCACAGCCUGGUGUCACCAGAAGGUUUCUGAAGAGCUGGAAAAGAUUCAGAGAGGAUAAGUGAGAACGAAGAUGUGGCAUGCUGCUGCAGUGAGAAGCUAGGUCCGUGGUGCGGUGACAGCUGUUGACCUAUGGCCAUGGCAUUCCCCAAGAUUUGGUAUUCUGUAGCCGUUGGAUUUCUGCUGCCUUUUUCUUAUGCCCAUACGGACUUCUUCACUUCCAUUGGACAUAUGACAGACUUAAUUAAUACAGAAAAAGAUCUGGUGGUGUCACUAAAAGACUACAUCAAGGCAGAAGAAAGCAAGCUGGAACAGAUCAAAAAAUGGGCAGAGAAAUUAGAUCAGCUGACAGACACUGCUACGAAAGACCCAGAGGGGUUUUUGGGACAUCCUGUAAAUGCAUUCAAGUUGAUGAAACGGCUUAACACAGAGUGGGGUGAGCUGGAGAGCCUGGUUCUGAAGGACAUGUCAGAUGGCUUUAUCUCCAACAUGACUAUCCAGCGGCAGUUCUUCCCAAAUGAUGAAGAUCAGACUGGUGCAGCAAAAGCCCUCCUGCGGCUUCAAGACACGUAUAAUUUGGAUACAGACACCCUCUCAAGAGGGAAUCUCCCAGGUGUAAAGCACAAAUCCUUUUUAACAGCCGAAGAUUGCUUUGAGCUGGGAAAGAUUGCAUACACGGAGGCUGACUACUACCACACCGAGCUCUGGAUGGAACAAGCUCUGAAGCAGCUGGAUGAGGGAGAAGUGUCUUCUGCAGAUAAGGUCUACAUUCUGGACUACCUGAGUUAUGCUGUGUAUCAGCAGGGGGAUCUGGGCAAAGCAAUGAUGCUCACCAAACGCCUUCUCGAACUGGAUCCUGAGCAUCAAAGAGCAAAUGGGAACAUGAAAUAUUUUGAAUAUAUCAUGGCCAAAGAAAAAGAAGCCAAUAAGUCCAGUACAGAUGCAGAAGACCAGACAGAGAAGGAAACUGAGGUUAAGAAAAAGGAUUACCUGCCUGAGAGAAGGAAGUACGAAAUGCUGUGCCGUGGGGAGGGUCUCAAAAUGACCCCUCGGAGACAGAAAAGACUCUUCUGCCGCUAUUAUGAUGGAAACAGGAAUCCUAGGUACAUUCUGGGCCCCGUCAAACAGGAAGACGAGUGGGACAAACCUCGAAUUGUUCGCUUCCUUGAUAUCAUUUCCGAUGAAGAGAUUGAAACUGUGAAAGAGCUAGCAAAGCCGAGGCUGAGCCGUGCUACUGUUCAUGACCCCGAGACUGGGAAACUGACCACAGCACAUUACAGAGUCUCUAAGAGUGCGUGGCUGUCUGGAUACGAAAGCCCUGUGGUCUCUCGCAUUAACACAAGGAUACAGGACCUAACAGGCCUUGAUGUCUCCACAGCAGAGGAACUACAGGUAGCCAACUACGGAGUAGGAGGCCAGUAUGAGCCUCAUUUUGAUUUCGGAAGGAAAGAUGAGCCAGAUGCUUUUAAGGAAUUGGGAACAGGCAACAGAAUUGCUACUUGGUUGUUUUAUAUGAGUGAUGUGUCAGCAGGGGGAGCUACUGUCUUUCCUGAAGUAGGAGCUAGUGUUUGGCCUAAAAAGGGAACAGCUGUAUUCUGGUACAAUCUCUUUCCAAGUGGAGAAGGAGAUUACAGCACGCGGCAUGCGGCCUGCCCAGUACUAGUUGGAAACAAAUGGGUAUCCAAUAAGUGGCUCCAUGAGCGAGGACAGGAAUUCAGAAGGCCGUGCACUUUAUCAGAGUUGGAAUGAUGCAGACUCUUCUUUCUUCUCUUCUGUAUUCAGUCUGUGUAAAAUGCACACAUCUCCUACAGUUUACAAUUGACUAACACUCCACUACAGGUUCAGUCUCCAGCUACACCAGUGUUUCAUCUGUGGACAAAACAAACAUACUUUUAGUUCCUUCUAAAAUACCCCCUUAAAGUUUUACAAAUGGAUUAUAUUGAUUUUUAAGGCCCAUGAGUGUUACAGAAAGGAAAAUAAGGACAAAAUACAGAUCAGGGCCACAACUGACAGUGUGUUACGUGUGGUGUUCCUUCACCACACCCCUCUGGAUCAGUGCGGAAAGCCGGUGAUCGUUCGCUUUAGAGUCCUCGCAACUGUCAGUCUGCUGAUGGCGGGAUGAACGCUGCCUGGAAGAGUCAAGGGGAGGGCUCCUUUCUAAGGAAGGCUGAAUUAAACCAGUUCGUAUUCCUCAA